ACUUCAAGUCCCAGCAUGCCUUGCUGCGCCGCGCCUGCCACCGCUUCCCCGCUGCGGACGCCCGCGAGCAGGUUGUUGUUUUUAUGAGGCGUCACUGGCGUCUGGAGCGCGGACGCCGCCACGGUGACAGCUGGCGCGGUCGGGCGGAAGAGGCGCUGUCUUCGGACCUGAAAAAUGUCUGAAAGUUCCAGCGACAGUGACUCAUCUUGUGGCUGGACUGUCAUCAAUCAUGAGGGUUCUGAUAUAGAGAUCGUGAAUUCUGCCACAGCCAGUGACAACUGUGGACUGACUCUAGAAUGUUCCUUAGUAGAACAAGAGGAGCUGCCUGUUCUUUAUGUAGGGCAUGGAGGUGAAGAAAGCAGCGCAAACAACACAUCGUCGGUGGGAGAAGCCAUGUUGUCAUCAAUGAGAGAAACCAAGUCAGCAGUUGAGGUGGAGGAAGCACCUUCCCCUGAAGACAAUGUCUAUUUCGGAACUACUAGUGACGAUUCGGAUAUUGUUACACUUGAACCACCUAAGCUGGAAGAAAUGGGGAUCCAGGAAGUUACAAUUCAAGAAGUGCCCAGCUCAGAUGACCUUAACAUGGGCUCUUCCUCCAGCAGCCAGUACGCCUUCUGCCAGCCAGAAACCGAAAGGUGGUGGGAGAAGCUGUGGAAGAUUCCUGGAUGCUUAAGGGGAUGGGAUGAUCAGCUGAGACUACGUGUUCCUAGCCAGCUUGCUCUCCAAGUCUUUUCAUCUCAGCCUAGUGAUGAGGAAUCCAGUAGUGAUGACACCAGCCACGAGCCCAGCCCUGCUCCUAGACGGCGCCGCAACAGGAAGAAGACCGUUUCUAUCUCAGAGUCUGAGGAGCCUUCACUCGCUGAGCCGGAAGAUGAGCCCUCCAAGGAACCAAGUAAACGCCACUUUAGUCGUGGUCUCAACAAGUGUGUUAUCCUGGCCUUGGUGAUUGCUGUCAGCAUGGGAUUUGGACAUUUCUAUGGCACAAUCCAGAUUCAGAAGCGUCAGCAGUUAGUCAGAAAGAUCCACGAAGAUGAGCUGAAUGGUGUGAACGGUUAUCUCUCACAGUGCAAGCAGGAACAAGUGUCUUUUCUAGAUUUCAAGUCGCUGAAAGAAAGCCUUGAGAGGUGUUGGGCCAUUACUGAAUCAGAGAAGACUACAUUUGAAACUCAGAAGAAGAACCUUGCUGCAGAAAACCAGUAUUUACGAAUAUCUCUGGAGAAGGAAGAACAAGCCCUGUCUUCAGUACAGGAAGAGCUACGGCAACUAAGGGAGCAGAUUAGAUUGUUGGAGGAUAAAGGCACAAGCACCCAGUUAGUUAGGGAGAACCAGGUUCUUAAGCAGUACUUAGAAGUGGAAAAACAGAAAACAAAUAGCUUCCUUAGUGAAAGGGAGACGCUCUUGGAGGAGGCAAGGAUGCUGAAAAAGGACCUGGAGAGGGAACAGCUCACAGUCAUGGCUCUGCGGGCAGAACUUGAGCAGUUCGUCCCUGGCCAGGCGCAGAGCCGUGCAGAGUCUCCUAGUGUGCAGACUGAAGAGAAGGAAGUGGGGCUGUUACAGCAGAGGCUGGCUGAGCUGGAGCAGAAGCUCAGCUUUGAGCAGCAGCGCUCGGAUUUGUGGGAGAGACUGUACGUUGAGGCGAAGGAUCAACAUGGAAAGCAGGAGACAGAUGGGAGGAAGAGAGGAAGCAGAGGAAGCCACAGGGCGAAGAGCAAGUCGAAGGAGACAUUUCUGGGGACAGUUAAGGAAACAUUUGAUGCUAUGAAGAAUUCUACCAAGGAGUUUGUGAGACAUCAUAAAGAAAAAAUCAAGCAGGCCAAAGAAGCUGUGAAGGAGAAUCUGAAAAAAUUCUCAGAUUCGGUCAAAUCCACUUUUCGCCAUUUCAAAGAUACUACCAAGAAUAUCUUUGAUGAAAAGGGCAGUAAGAGGUUCAGGGCUCCAAAAGAAGCAGCAACUGAAAAGACAAGAACAGCUUAUAGUUAUUCCUCCUACUCACAGCAGGAGGCACCAAACCAAAACCAGAAUUGCAGGCGCCCUUUUGCACAGAGGGAUGGAGGGAGAGAAAAGCCCAGUCACUCUGAAGAAAUUAGAAAGAAUGCAAAUUCAUACACAUUCAAGGCCAAGUCUGACUGCAGAGGCACCCAUUCCACCAGAAGGGUUUGUUCAGGUAUGUUUGAAUGUGCUGGACAGGAAGCCAUUAGCCCUGUUAAUAAGGCGAGUCCUGUUAGGAUGAAUGACUUUAGACAGCUGAUUCACUGGUACUUAGUGAAUGAACUGGAGACUUUUCACCACUGGGAAGAACUGGAUCAGUUCAUCAGUCCGUUUUUUCCGAAUGGUGUCUUUAGACAUGACCAGAAGCUCUUCGCCGACUUUGUUGAUGAUGUGAAAGGUUACCUUAAGAGCAUAAAGGAGUAUCGAGUAGAGGAUGGCAAUCUGGAGAAGUUGGACGGAUGUAUAUAUAGACACUUUGGGCAUGUUUUCGCCCUGCCAUUUGGACCCAGUCGACCUGAUAAAAAGCAACGUAUGGUAAAUAUUGAAAACGCCAGGCACCGAAAACAAGAGCAGAAGCACCUUCAUCCACAGCCUUAUGAAAGGGAAGGUAAAUGGCAAAAAUACGGUCGCGCUAACGGAAGACACACGGCAAAUCUUGAGAUAGAACUGGGACAGUUACCUUUCGAUCCUAAGUACUGAUUUAUGAUUAAGUUAAGUUAGGAAGAGCUGUGGAUGCUUUCUACUUCGUUUGAUGUUGAUUAAGAUGAACUCCCCAUGACUGUCUUUAUAUUAUGCAAAAGCAAAGCUUACUAACUUGCAUUUUCCUGUAGCUUAGGUUUGUUAAAAACAAAAACUUUUUUUUUCCUGCUCUUGGGGGGUAGGGGGAUGGUAGUUUUAUUAAGGAAGCCAGGCAUGAAAUAUUCUGUGCAUGAACCAAGGCUUGGUUUGAGGAGCUGAGCUGAGCGUAGUGCAAGCUCAGCUCACAGGGGCACUUCGUGCAGUGUGGAGGUGUGCAACAAGGGCCUGAGGACUGCGCUGAGGCGGGACUCCGCGCUAACAUCUCUACUCUCACGCUUUUGUCUCUCUGUGGGUUCAAGAGCCCGUUGGUUUGUGAAGAGCUGGCUGGCUUGUCUUGUGAACUCUCUUGCACACCUGAAUGCUAUGGAAGAAACAAUAAACUGCACCGUGAGGAAAACUAAA